AUGCCGCCCGUUGCUGCCUGUGCCUGUGCUGCCCGUUGCCGCCCGUUGCUGCCCGUGCCUGUGCUGCCCGUUGCCGCCUGUUGCUGCCCGUGCCUGUGCUGCCCGUUGCCGCCCGUUGCUGCCCGUGCCUGUGCUGCCCGUUGCCGCCCGUUGCUGCCCGUGCCUGUGCUGCCCGUUGCCGCCCGUUGCUGCCCGUGCCUGUGCUGCCCGUUGCCGCCCGUUGCUGCCCGUGCCUGUGCUGCCCGUUGCCGCCUGUUGCUGCCCGUGCCUGUGCUGCCCGUUGCCGCCCAUUGCUGCCCGUGCCUGUGCUGCCUGUUGCUGCCCGUGCCUGUGCUGCCUGUUGCCGCCCGUUGCUGCCUGUGCCUGUGCUGCCCGUUGCUGCCUGUUGCUGCCCGUGCCUGUGCUGCCCGUUGCCGCCUGUUGCUGCCCGUGCCUGUGCUGCCUGUUUCUGCCCGUGCCUGUGCUGCCCGUUGCCGCCCGUUGCUGCCCGUGCCUGUGCUGCCCGUUGCCGCCCGUUGCUGCCCGUGCCUGUGCUGCCCGUUGCCGCCUGUUGCUGCCCGUGCCUGUGCUGCCCGUUGCCGCCCGUUGCUGCCCGUGCCUGUGCUGCCUGUUGCUGCCCGUGCCUGUGCUGCCUGUUGCCGCCCGUUGCUGCCUGUGCCUGUGCUGCCCGUUGCUGCCUGUUGCUGCUCGUGCCUGUGCUGCCCGUUGCCGCCUGUUGCUGCCCGUGCCUGUGCUGCCCGUUGCCGCCCGUUGCUGCCCGUGCCUGUGCUGCCUGUUGCUGCCCGUGCCUGUGCUGCCUGUUGCCGCCCGUUGCUGCCUGUGCCUGUGCUGCAUGUUGCCGCCCAUUGCUGCCCGUGCCUGUGCUGCCCGUUGCCGCCCGUUGCUGCCCGUGCCUGUGCUGCCCGUUGCCGCCCGUUGCUGCCCGUGCCUGUGCUGCCCGUUGCCGCCCGUUGCUGCCCGUGCCUGUGCUGCCUGUUGCUGCCCGUGCCUGUGCUGCCUGUUGCCGCCCGUUGCUGCCUGUGCCUGUGCUGCCCGUUGCUGCCUGUUGCUGCUCGUGCCUGUGCUGCCCGUUGCCGCCUGUUGCUGCCCGUGCCUGUGCUGCCCGUUGCCGCCCGUUGCUGCCCGUGCCUGUGCUGCCUGUUGCUGCCCGUGCCUGUGCUGCCUGUUGCCGCCCGUUGCUGCCUGUGCCUGUGCUGCAUGUUGCCGCCCGUUGCUGCCCGUGCCUGUGCUGCCCGUUGCCGCCCGUUGCUGCCCGUGCCUGUGCUGCCUGUUGCCGCCCGUUGCUGCCUGUGCCUGUGCUGCCCGUUGCUGUCUGUUGCUGCCUGUGCCUGCUACUAA